AUGGUUGAAAUCUCCAGACACAACAAUGAACGCCUCUGGGAACUUGGACUGAAGUCUCACGAUAGUGGUGUGAAGCACGUCACACGCGACUUCCACCUUGGCAGAUGGGGGAAUGUAAACAACAAUGGCUAUCACCACAGUGAACUCUCUGGCAGCAGUAAAAGUAACAGUAGCAGUAAAAGUAACUGCAACAGUAACAACAGCAGCAGUAACGGUAACAGCAGUAGCAGUAACAGCAAUAGUAGUAACAGCAGUAGCAGUAACAGCAGCAGUAACAGCAGCAGCAACAGUAGCAGGAACAGUAACAGCAGCAUUAACAGCAGUGACAGCAGCAGUAACAGCAGUAGCAGUAACAGCAGCAGUAACAGCAGCAGUAACAAUAACAGCAGCAGCAGUAUCAGCAGCAGUAAUAGUAACAGCAGCAGUAACAGCAGCAGUAGCAGUAACAGCAGCAGCAGUAACAGUAACAGCAGCAAUAACAGCAGCAGUAACAGCAACAGUAACAUCAGCAGCAGUAACAAUAACAGCAGCAGCAGUAUCAGCAGCAGUGACAGUAACAGCAGUAACAGCAGCAGUAACCGCAGAAGCAACAGCAGCAGUAAAAGUAACAGCAGUAACGGUAACAGCAGCAGUAACAGUAACAGCAGUAACGGUAACAGCAGUAUCAGCAACAGUGACAGUAACAGCAGCAGCGACAGUAACAGCAACAGUAACGGUAACAGCAGCAGCAGUAACAGUAACAGGAGCAGUAACAACAGUAACAGUAAGAGCAGCAGCAGUAACAGUAACAUAAGCAGUAACAACAGUAACUAA